UUCCGCACACAGCACCAUCGCCGCCUACGCAACCACCACCACCUACCAACCGUCGUCACAAUUACCACCUUACGCGCUUACGUAACUUCAGUUGCAGUCAUCACUCACCUGUGUUCAUCAUCAUCAUAACCAUUAUCGCUCGUCCGUGCAGGUGGAAAUAGUAGCGGGCGCCCGGCGCAUCCACCCAACCAUCGACGGCUCCAAAAUUGAUUCCUCCAUCUGGGGAAAAGUUCGCUCUGGCCAAGGCCGGAGGAUGGGCACAGGCGACAGACUACUUGAUAUUCCCUGCAAGGUGUGCGGUGAUCGGAGUUCCGGAAAACACUAUGGGAUUUACAGUUGCGACGGUUGUUCCGGAUUCUUCAAACGCAGCAUCCAUCGAAACAGGGUGUACACCUGCAAAGCGACGGGCGACAUGAAGGGCCGCUGUCCCGUCGACAAGACGCACAGGAAUCAGUGUAGAGCCUGCAGACUUCACAAGUGCUUUCAAGCCAGCAUGAACAAAGAUG